AUGGCAUCUCCCACCGCAGAAUUUUGGUCCAAGGCCGACAGCUAUGUGAUGACCACAGGAGUUCCCUUUUCUCCUGUCAUCAUCUCGAAAGCCCUGGGAACACGCCUCUAUGACACAAACGGCAAUCAAAUUCUCGACUUUACUUCUGGUCAGAUGAGCUCCCUUCUUGGCCACUCUCACCCAGAGGUUGUCGAGGUUGUUAAGCAAUAUGUGUCUGAAUUGGACCAUCUUCUCAGCAACAUGAUCACACACCCCGUUGUCAACCUGGCUGAGAGAUUGGCCAAAUUUCUCCCCAGCCCUCUAAAAAAGUCCUUCUUCCUAAACACUGGCUCCGAGUCAACCGAAGCUGCUAUCAAGAUCGCCAAGUGUUAUACCGGCAAGUUCGAGAUUGUUGCUUUCUCAGCUAGUUACCAUGGUUUAACCCAGGGUUCUGGAUCUGCUACGUACUCUGCCGGUCGUAGACGCGGUGGUCCAAUCAUGCCAGGAUCUUUGGCUUUUCCUGCACCAUACGGUUACCGAUCUCCCUUUCGAAAGCCCGAUGGCUCAUGGGACUGGCAAACUGAGAUAGACUUUGGCUGGUCUCUGAUUGAUCGCCAGAGCGUUGGAUCACUUGCUGCCUUCAUCAUGGAGCCAAUUCUUUCGACCGGUGGCAUUCUCGACCUACCUACAGGCUACUUAAAGCGCAUGCAGGACGAAUGCCGUAAGCGCGACAUGUUGAUCAUCAUGGAUGAGGCUCAGACUGGAGUCGGUCGAACCGGCAAGAUGUUUGCUUUUGAGCAUGAGGAGGGCGUCGUCCCUGAUAUUCUGGCGCUCUCCAAAACGCUCGGUUGCGGUCUCCCACUGGCCUCUGUCAGCACUACGGCCGGAAUUGAGCGUGGCUGCAAGGAGGCUGGUUUCCUUUGGCUGACCACUCAUCUCAAUGAUCCUCUUACCGCUGCCGUCGGUGACAAGGUUCUUGAGAUUGUUGAACGCGACAAUAUUUGCCAAAAGGCCAACGAGAGAGGUCAACAACUCCGCGCCGGUCUUGAGAAGCUUCAACAAAAGUAUUGGUGUAUCGGAGAUCUCCGAGGCCGAGGCCUUUUGCAGGGUAUCGAGAUUAUUGCUGAUCCCAAGACGAAGGCUCCUGGCGCUGAUCUAGGUCAGGCUAUCUCUGACAAGGCCAUGGAGCUGGGUUUGUCCUGCAAUGUUGUCAACUUACCUGGUAUGGGUGGUGUUUUCCGUCUGGCUCCUGCUGUCACUGUUACGGCUGAGGAGAUUGAGCAAGGAUUGGGUAUUCUGGACAAGUCAUUUGGCUUGGUAUUGGAGUUACGCGGUCAAAUGACAGCUCCUGUUUGA